CUGCUAAGGGCUGCAGAGUUACAUUAAGAGAAGAAACAUUAAUAAAAUUUCGUCCUUCGCCUAAUUUCAAAAAUAUGAAGAAGUUCAUAAAAUCGAAAAUAGAUUUUACAGAGAACUGCAACCAGUCCCAUUAUCAUGGGACAGAACAUUCACCAACAAAUACUUCGCCAGAACCAAUAACGUCACUGGAGGAGCAGAAAGCUUUGCUGGAAAAGGCAAAGCAUGCGCAACCUCCCUUACCACUAGAACCUCCACCCACUACCCCAAUUGACUUUAGCCUACCACAUAAACAAGAAAUUGAAGAUCAUGGAUAUCAGAGCAGAUUAAGAUCGCCUACACUAAAUCUUCAUGAGACCAGUGAGGUCUCCUCACUAUCAUUACCAACAGAUUAUGAUACAUCACAAGUGGAAGCCAGUGUAAAACCAGAAAAAACCAUGUGCAGAGACUACAUAAGAGGAACUUGCAGUAGGGCAGGGACAUGCGUAUAUGCUCAUGAACUAAUUCUGUCGCAGUUACCUGGUGUAUACACAUUCUGUAAAAACUUUCAGAAUACAGGUUGCACAUUUCCAUAUUGCAAAUAUGUACACGCAUCAAUAUUUGAAGAGCAAAGGUUUUACAGGACUGGAGAGAUUGCUCUUGCUCACCACAAGAAGCCUCCGCCAGCUCCCAUGCCGACAGUACUAGCCCCACCACCUCCACCUCCACCCGAAGAGCCAGCUCCUGUGCCGCUCCCUGUAGGAGUGCCGAUGUUUGCAAAUCCCCCACCUGUAUUGGUUCCCACUGUUCCCAGUGUUGAAAAACCUCUUAUCUCGUGCGUGCCGCCUGCUAACUUGGAGCCAAGGACUAUGGACGAUUUCAUGAUCGCUCCACCGCCGCGCGACCUCGACCACAAGGCAAAAAAAUGCAAAAAUUGCGACACAAUGGAAUUCAGAUUGCAAUUCAAUAAGGAUAAGGCUGAAAAUAUGAGACAGUCUACAGUGGAGCUAAAAAAUAAAGUGGCGCGUUUGUCGAGGAAGUCGCAGACAUUAUAUACUGUGCUGUUGUCGCUUAUGAAGCCGCAAGUCAGUAAAAGACAAGAAGGGCUCAACGGAUUGUCUAUGUCUUCACUUCUCAGCAUUGUCGGCGACUCAGAAAAGAAUAUUCUUUCUAAUCUGCUGCUGAAGGACGCCUCGGAGCAGAGCCUCCUCUCCGAGAUCCGGGACCCGUGCUCGUAACUUACACACGGGACCUUACUUAUGAUACGCCGUGAGACUUUAUAUAGACUCAGUGUGCAAUUGCCCCAUCCUACAAACAAAUAAUCCUACUCUUAUACUUUCAAAGCGAAACCUAGGGUAAACCAUACAAGGGUUGGCACCCACACCAACUGCACGAACUCCCAGUCGAGAGGCCAGCAGUAGUACAGUUUACCCUAUUACUUUUUGUGCCAAACGCGCAGCCAGGUUACGUACUUUGUACUUCCCAUUUUUAUAGAACUGUGAACGAAUGACUGACAUAAUAGUUCAGAAUCGUACGAAAAUAAUCAGUUCUGGAGAAUGAUGGGUGGUGCUGUUCAGAUCGCACUAGCCUAAAGAGACUAGCGAACCGCUUGUCUUAUAGCGAAGUAAGCAAUCUCAAAUAACAUAUAUAUUAUGAUAAAUGGCGCCUAACUUAUAUAUCGGCUUUAAGAUUCAUCUCAGAGUAUUAGCUAUUCAUUUUAUACACGGUAAAGAGCUUAUAAAAAUCUGAAUACGGUUUAAGUUAUUUCAGCGAUCGAGUAUAAAAUUUGAAGCCGGCGAUAAUACAAUUUACCAUUUUACAUGCCUAACGUAUCAUGCCACACUAUGUUUCAAAAUUUAACUAGUUAGUUUUUCCGAAAUACAUUACUUCACCGAAUCAGUAGUAAGUAUCAAUAUGAUGAAUGUAUGAAUAUGAAAAGUGUGUGCGUGUAAUCGUUACCCGCGAUUGAAGUUGAAAACUUCUUUGCCGUUUAUCGCUAUGUUGGCACUUUGACGUGUGUCCUAUUGUGCGUGUGUUACUACUGAGCGUAACUUCCGUCAGAAAAAAAUCCGAGUUACCCUCUAGUCGUGCCUAAAGAAGUUUUACUUCAAAAAUCAGUCUCUUGUGGUCAUUUUAAUGUCAGUAAAUGUUGAAUUCGAAUCUGAAAAAAUAAUUAUUAGAUAGCACAGUUCCUUAACAUAAAGCGUAUAAAUUAUUAAAAGCACACGCAUUGUGCAACUGCACAUAUUUAGGAUUCAAGCACUGAUAUAAUUGCGUGUUAGUUAUGUAAAGUUGCAUAAAUAGGUAUGUAACUAAAAAAUUAUGUCGAUAUGACUAUGGAGUUGAGUGAAAAACAAAAUAUAAUAUUUUAUCAUGAAUAAUUUAAAUACUUCUCCGAGUAAUUGUAAGUGGAAUGAUAAUUUUAAGUAUAUAUAGUUUACGAUAGAAAUUACAUGAUUAGGUAUGUAAGUUUUGGUAAUGUUUAGUUUUUAGUAUAAGUAGGUAUAUAGGUACGGAGCGAUGGGAGCAUGCGCUAAUUAUUGUAUAGCUCGCAGCCAAUUAUGUUACCUUUCACUUCAACAUUUACAUUACUUACCUUUUGGGCACGAAGCUAUAGGUGCCUAAAGCGGAGGAAGCACUACGACCAAAAAGUGUGACCAAACGAGAAGUCAAACUACAGAAUUACAUCUAGUUUGGAAUACGGGAGAAACGACGUCAUUUGACAAUAUAGUUAGCAAUUCAAAAAGCACUAGUGCUUCACGUCAAUCCACGGUGACUCGCGUUUCUUCAUAGUCACUAUAAGUGACGGUCUUCUCGAAUAUUUCAAAUUUAUUGCUGCCUGUAUCGAAAACUUGGUAAUAAUGUCACAAAGUGUGAAUAAUAAAUAGUUAUAUAUCUCAAUAUAUAUAAUAAUAACUUGUGUAAGUGUGAGACACAGUCUUUGGGUUUGAUGCUCUCUUCUGGACAGCACUUUUUGGUCAAAGAGCUCAAUCUACUCUAGGUAUAUCUUCGUGAUUUUGGGUCGGCACGUGACGUUUUGACUCGCAUUUUAUUGAAAUGAUUGGUCUGAUCCAAGCGGCGGGGCUGUAGAUUGUAGAGUAUGAAAAUGAGUAACUCACAGACGGAUAAAUACGCUAAAAGUAAUAAAGUUAUGUAGGCCGUAAAACAAAGACGUAAUACAGUCAGAAGCAGAAGUGACUAAGCGCACACGCGCGCCCUUAUUUUCUUAACAAUAAAGUUGUAUCCAAAUUAUGUUGAAUAUCUUACCCGCCUAGUAGCUACUUUUGCUGUUU